ACGCCCCGUCUUUCAGGCGCCUAAUUCAGGCUGGGUGGGCGGCUCCGGCGGAGCGGGAGGCUCGAGCGUUGCGUCAUCAGGAGGCGCGGUCAGGAGGCAGUGUGGCGCGUGUGACGUCACAGCCAGGCGCUGUUGACUGGCGGAGUCGCAGGCGUGGCGUCAUCGCGCGGCGCCGGCGCGACCGCAGGGGGACCAGAAGCUCUCGGCGUGGGUCGCUAGGGGGGGAGGCGGGAUGCAGCGGUUCUUCCGCGCCGCGGCGCGCUCCUGGCUUCGACCCACGGGCUGCCGGGGUCUGAACGCGGCGGCGGAACAGCCCGAGGCACCGGCGAGCCCGGGGGCCCUGACGCCCGUGCUCCGCAAGGUGGAGCUGCCGGUCCCCGCGCACCGGCGCCCGGUGCAGGCCUGGAUCGAGUCCCUGCGGGGCUUCGAGCAGGAGCGCGUGGGUCUGGCCGAGCUGCACCCCGAUGUCUUCUCGGUGGCGCCUCGGCUAGAUCUCCUGCACCAGGUCGCCAUCUGGCAGAAGAACUUCAAGAGGAUUAGCUACGCCAAGACCAAGACCCGAGCUGAGGUGCGGGGCGGUGGCCGCAAGCCCUGGAAACAAAAAGGCAGCGGGCGGGCCCGGCAUGGCAGCAUCCGCUCCCCACUGUGGCGAGGAGGCGGUGUAGCUCAUGGCCCCCGGGGCCCCACCAGUUACUACUACAUGCUGCCCAUGAAGGUUCGAGUUCAGGGCCUGCAGGUGGCGCUCACCGUCAAGCUGGCCCAGGAUGACCUGCACGUGGUGGACUCCCUGGAGCUGCCCACGUCCGACCCCCAGUUCCUGACAGAGCUCGCCCGCUACCGCGGCUGGGGACACUCGGUACUCUUCGUGGACCUGGAGCAUGAGGACAUGCCCCCCAGCAUGGUGGAGGCCACCUCCUCACUCAAGACCUUCACCCUCAUCCCGGCUGUUGGCCUGAAUGUGCACAGCCUGCUGAAGUACCAAACGCUCGUCCUGACACUACGCACGGUGGGCUUCCUGGAGGAGAAGCUUCUUUGGCACAGCGGACGUUACACGGCCCUCUAUCCCUUCCGCCUGCCCUACCGCGACUUCCCCUGAGUACCUAGGACCCCCCCCCCCCCCAGGAAUGGGGGCGUGAGCAGCGGCCAGGAAACACCCCCCCACACACACUUCUCUGUUUUCCAGUCUGGGAAAACAGCUCAGUGAGCACCAUCUUCGGAGUUUCUUCACCGGCACUCUGGAUCCGGUUCCCACAGGUGCCAACUGGCAGUUUUUCCAGAAGCUUCUCCCAAGACUCAGUGAGGGUUCAGGGGCCUUUUCCAUCCCAAGAAGCCUUGUUCCCACCAGGGGGCGCCCCCAGACUGAGGCCAGCGAGCCCCCAGGAAUCAAUAAAUACAUUUAAUUUUAAAAAA